CGACGAGUAACGCCACGACACACCUCCGUAGCCCUCUUACUUACCUGGGCUUUUACGCCACGAUUCAUUCCCCAUACUUAAGCUUAUCACUCUGCCUGGAAUUUACUGGGCAAUCCUGCGCGGUAGCCCGGCAGUGAUUUUGGCAGGCCAAAAGUACAAUGGGAAAAUAAGCUCAACAUGACAGAUUUCCCAGAUGGCUUGGGCCUCCCGGCUUGGCCAUCCGGAUCAGCGUCACUUAUAGUAUUUACCAAUGCCCGAAUGACGCUAAUCUUGGCCAGAUUGAACCGUUUCAGGGUUUAAUAAGCUUUAAUCACAACCUCGGAGGUCUGGUUCCGUGGCAUCAUGGCAACUCGAGCCUGCUCCUUGAGCGGGGCUGGCCGAGAAGUCCAGCACGUCUCUCUAUAUAAAGAGACUUACGCCUCCACGAUCACUUCGUUAGCCAAGGUUUUAUUCAUAUCUGCUCAAUCGCCUUUGAAAAAAUGAGGUUUUACCAGCCCUUAGCCGGUGCGUUGCUCAUCGGUGCUGCCCAAGCACAGCAAGGAGCAUGGGCUCAAUGUGGAGGACAAGGUUGGACUGGCGGGAAAACAUGUGUGUCAGGUUACCAAUGCGUUUAUUCGAACGACUGGUACUCUCAGUGCCUCCCUGGUACUGCCUCAACGCCGACUACUACCGCUGCUCAAACUACUACCGCUCCUGCUCAAACCACUACUGCAACGAACCCUUCAGCGACAGGCUGGAAGUGGCUUGGUGUCGAUGAGUCCGGUGCUGAGUUCGGACAAGGAAGCCUUCCCGGUGUCUAUGGCAAGGACUUUAUCUUUGCUUCGACCGAUGUUCUUGGUUCGCUUAUGAAAGAAGGCUAUAACAUUUUCCGUGUGCCCUUCCUCAUGGAGCGCAUGGCGCCCGGCGGAGUCGGAUCGGCAUUCUCAGCGGCCUAUCUUGCGAACUACACUGUUGCAAUCAACUACAUCACUCAGAACGGAGGAUACGCUGUUGUCGACCCUCACAACUUUGGCCGGUACAACGGUGCUAUCAUCACGGAUACGAAUGCAUUCGGCACCUUUUUCAAAACCCUAGCAACGGCCUUCAAGAGCAACGCCAAAGUUAUCUUCGACACAAACAACGAGUACCACGACAUGGACCAAACCCUUGUCCUAAACCUAAACCAGGCCGCCAUCAACGCCAUCCGUGCCGCCGGCGCCACCUCCCAAUACAUCUUCGUAGAGGGCAACUCCUACAGCGGAGCCUGGACCUGGGCCAACGUCAACGACAACCUCAAGGCUCUCACCGACCCCCAGAACAAGAUCAUCUACCAGAUGCACCAGUACCUCGACUCCGACGGAUCCGGAACAUCGGAUGCCUGCGUCUCCUCCACCAUCGGCGUCGAGCGCGUGACCAGCGCGACGGCAUGGCUGCGCGCGAAUAAGAAGAUCGGCAUCAUUGGUGAGUUUGCGGGCGGUGCUAACAGCCAGUGCAAGACUGCUGUUACCGGCCUGCUGCAGCACUUGAAGACGAACUCGGAUGUGUGGACUGGUGCUAUGUGGUGGGGUGGUGGCCCAUGGUGGGGUAACUACAUCUAUGGCUUUGAGCCCCCGAGUGGUACUGGGUAUACGUACUACGACUCUACUCUCCUGCAGUUCCGCCCAUGAUAGGUUUGUCCAUUGACAAGGGACGGUACUGAGGGGUGAUUUGUAAAUAGCCGUUACAUUCUUCUCACAUAUUUUGUGGUAACAUUGGAAGCUUCACGCUGACAUCUUUAAAUAAAAUCCUUACCACUCAUUUCCAACAAGAGAGA